AUGUCUCCUGUGAGAGCACUUGUUCUAAUGCCAUUGGUGGUCUUUGUUUCAUGCAAUAAUGGAAAGAAUACCAAUAACACAACUGUAACAGAGGAUUCUCCACCAUUGGACAAACCCUCUAUCCAACAACUUCUUCUGAAUCAAGAGACAUUAAUAAGAAUAGAACUAGAGAAGAAAUUAAGAAGUGUACAAGAGGAAGUGGUAGUACUAAAGAAAGACAACGAGGACAUAAGAAAGGAAAUAGCUGAUACUAUAAAGAUCGGAGCUAAAGAGAUUGCUGACCUUAAAUUAAGUGUGAGCGAAAACAUUGCAUCAAUAAACUCAGUAAACGAAUUACUGGAUGCAAGAUUUGCAAGUUUAAUGGCAAAUCAAACGGACAAUUCAAACCAAAUAGCUUUCGAGGCACAAAUUUUAUCCGCACCUGGUAUGGAAUUCAAAGGCAGUAGAGAUUCUGUGAUACGUUUUGAUCGCGUCAACCUUAAUGUUGGUAAUGCCUAUGAUAGUACUACGGGCAAGUUCACAGUACCUAAAGAUGGGCUCUACUUCUUCGGAUGGCAUAUAUUACCUAGCUACUAUACAGUCACUACCACGAGUUUAACAGUAAAUAACUUUCCAAAAUCACUAAAUCAUUGCGAUUCAAAGAGAAGUCUUGGACAACAACCUUGCAGUAAAAUGUCUGUUAUCAGGUUGGCUAUGGGGGAUAAGGUAUGGAUAAGCUACCCUAGUAAUGGAGACAACAAAUCAAAAGCGCCUUACUCCAUUUUCUGUGGUUUCAAAAUUUGAGAAGGAUGGUUUUUGUAAUUGCGUCUUCCAAAUAACUCUUGUGGACUGCAAGAAUGUAUCAGGAGCUUCGUAUUAUUCAUUUUAUUAACUUUAUCAUACAACCUAUAAUA